AUGAUUGCAGACACAGCUCGUCCCGAGAACACGGGAGAGUUCAUGGCAUAUGGAUCUAUUUCAUUCACCUGGGGGAUGUUGAUGGGGCCUGUGUUUGGUGGCUUGCUGUAUGAUCACUUUGGCUCUGUCGGCGCAUUUGGGUUGCCGAUAGCGAUGUUGGCAGUUGACAUUAUCCUACGGGUUUUGAUCAUUGAGAGAGACAAUACAUCAGUCUGCAGCACGGUCGUGGAAUCUCCACGUGAAACAGAUGCUCCAGCUGUCUCGCAGACAGACGAAGAGAGCCCCUUGCUUGCAGCUUCGCACUCUCGCGGAGCCUCACUUUCUCUUCGAAACUUUCUCGAUACUCGCCUGGCAACGGCGAUGCUAGUCGAGGUUACGAUCUCAUCUGUUAUCUCAGUUUUCGAAACGACUUUACCCCUGUAUACGAUUGAAACUUACCAGUGGAGUCCCACAAACUCCGGGCUCGUGUUUCUGGGAUUGACGCUCCCUAGCUUCUUCAGCAUUCCUCUAGCCCGAUAUACCACCGAUCAUGGCUGGGACCGCCGUAAGAUCGUUGCGUUCGAACUCGUGCUAUGUUCGCUUCCGAUGGUAGGGCUCAAGUGGACUGAGGGAAAAUCGCUACAGCAAGAACUCCUGUUCGUUGUAUUGAUCUGCUUUGUGGGCUUGUUUUUGACUACCUGUCAAGCGCAGAUUCUGGCUGAAGUCUCCGAAUCGGUGCGCCAGAUCGAGGUAAGAAAUGGGGUUGACUCGGACAAGAGUAGUGGAAUGGGCACCGGCUUUGCCUUCUGCAAUAUGGCAAUCGCGACUGGGCAAUUUAUCGGACCUCUCAUGGCUGGUGUGGCUCGAAUUGGACUCGGAUGGAGUACUAUGACCAUCAUGUUGGGGGUUUUAUCAAGCACUGUUGGGCUUGUGUCGUUCAUUAAAAAACGAAUGGAUUCGAAAAAUAUUACGCCAGUGACUACCCGCCAACUGGUGAAGUCUGCCGAAAUGACGUUUCCGCCCACUCCAUCUCCGCUACUCCGCAUCAACACCUCCAUCAUGUACGAUUCCUAUCGCCCGCACCCUCUUCUCGCCCAGAUACCGCUGACGGUCUCCCCCUUCAUCAAUCUCCCCACCUCUGUCACAUUACCCUACACGUACAAAUCCGUAACUUCGAUCCUCCCACCCUCGGUCACGGUUGAUCCAAGUAAUCCUGAGGAGAAAGCGCGCUAUGUCGUUUCCUCCAGCGGAGAACAUGCAGCUCACCCCGAUGACAUCUUGGCCGCGUGUCACUCCCUCGAAACACACCUGAACAAGACCCGCAGUGAUGCCGACCAGGCGAUCAGGGCUUGGGAAGAGUCAAUCAAACAACGCGAGCUUGCUGAGAAGAGGCGUCUAGCUCCUGGAUGGCUGGAUCGCGAGGAAAAGUUGCUCCAACCGAGUCGAACUGCUGUCUCCCCACCCGGAGGUGUACCGCAGAGCCUUCUAGAUAGCUCUUCUCCCGAUCAGAGCUCUUCGCAGAUGCCAGCUAUUCAGCCGCACGAUGAGGGCGAGGAGCUUGAUAGGGCGUUUGGAGGGCUCGGUGUGAAAUGA